AACUACAUACCCAAUAUUGUACGUGUACUAUUCUCAACUUUGUUCGAUACACUUUAUCAUAUUAUCACCGAGUUGUUUACAAAACUAAGAUUCUACAUGCCGCUAAUCAAAACAAAUAGAAAAUAGAUAUAAAAUAAUGAUGAAUGACUACGCGCUAAUGAUAAAAAGAUAAACAAACGUUUGAAUAUUUGAUAAACUCUUAUCACGCAACCGGCCACGAGUUGUUCAUAUAAAGAAGCGAGGUUACAAGCUACUACAUACACGAGAUAUCUAAUCAGAUUUAAUUUAGGUAUGCGUCAGAAGUCACGUGCUGACCACUCAUAUGCCUACCCCUACAGUUGGCAAUAUAAUUUUUAGUUACGCUGCGUUCUUCGACGCGUAAAAAAGUACUUCGGAACGCUAUUCAUAUUUUCCUGGAGCAGCUCAUUCGGAUUUGAUCUAACAUGGAUCCGUUCACAGCAGCUCUAAUCCUUGCUACAGCGACUCUAUUAAUCUAUCUCUACCUGUGGAAGCCGAUGAAGUACUUGGAACAAAUGGGAAUCCCUCACGAACCUUGGUUUCCGAUCCUAGGCAACAUGGGGCCCAUCAUGUUUCGUCGCGUCCACUUCGCUGAACAUUUCCAAACAAUGUACAAUCGUUUUCCAGACGCCAAGUACUUUGGAGUCUACAGUUUCAUCAAGCCUACGAUAGUACUCCGUGAUCCUGACUUGAUCGCUUCAAUUACCAUAAAAAACUUCGACAACUUCACCGAUCACGAUAGCUUCACAGACGAGAAAGUGGAACCUUUGUUAGGGAGAAACCUAGUCGCCCUUAAGGGCGAUCGUUGGCGAGAGAUGAGGAAGGUGUUGAGGCCAGCCUUCACGUCCUCCAAGAUGAAGAUCAUGUUUAACCUGAUCGUCGAUUGCGCGGAUAACUUCACCAAGCAUAUCGCAAAGCAAUCCAAACAAGGGAAAGUGUUCGAUUUGAAGGACAGCUUCGGUAGAUACACAAACGACGUUAUCGCGACCACCAGCUUUGGGAUCACCGUGGACUCGAUGGAGAAUCCUGAGAACGAGUUCUUCAUGUUCGCCAAGCAGAUUGUACAGGCUUUCUCUACGCAGAUGUUGAAGGUUAUGGUUAUACGAAACUUUUCUAGACUGGCAAGGUUCCUCGGUUUAAAAUUAUUCAGCGAUGAGACUCGGAGAUACUUCACCAACGUUGUUGCCGAGACAAUUAAAACGAGAAAGGAAAAGGGUAUCUACCGCCCAGACAUGAUCCAGUUGAUGAUCGAGUCCAGACACGCGGACGGACAAGAGCUCAACAUCGAUAAAAUAACGAGCCAGGCGUUUUUCUUCUUCCUGGCUGGUUACGAAGCGUCCUCGACCUUGCUGUCCUUCGCUGCUCACGAGAUCGCCGUCAACCCUGACGUACAGGCUAGAUUGCGAGCAGAAAUCGAGGAUGUCAUGAAAGCUACCAAUGGAAAACCCACCUACGACGCUGUCAACAACAUGAAGUAUAUGAGCGCAGUGAUAAACGAAGCUGGCAGAUUAUACCCUGCGGCAGUCGCUUUGGAUCGACUCUGUGUAAAGGAGUUCGUGCUCCCCCCCGCAACAGAGAAUUCCAAGCCUGUGACGAUGAAACCGGGAGAUGUCGUGUGGAUCAUACCAUUUACGCUCCACCGAGAUCAAAAGUACUUCCCAGAGCCGAAAAGAUUCGAUCCUGAUCGGUUUCUGGCGAAAGAGAUUCCUCAGAACGUGUUCGUUCCAUUUGGUAUAGGCCCAAGGAUUUGCAUAGCGAACAGGUUCGCCUUGAUGGAGGCCAAGAUUGCGUUGAUUUACCUUCUACUACGCUGCGACAUAGAGCCUUGCGCGCAGACUACCAUUCGUAUGAAAUUCAGCACAAAGACCUUCUCCAUGGUGCCUGAAAAUGGAUUCUGGUUGAGGUACAAGACCAGGGAAAAUGGAAAUGCGUAGUUGUAAAUAACGUUGAUACUGACGAAGCUUUUGAUUGGUCAUAACAUUGUUUGAAGAAUGGAAGAGUUUGAAUGAUAUAUACGCAACUGAUAAAGCUUGUCUGGAUGGUGUUAUAAUCUUUCUUUCUAUACAAUUUUUAUUAUACAUAUUUUAUAAACGUAUUUUAUCUGAUCUCUGAAAAAGUUUUAUUAAAAACAAUCAAAUAUAACAUAAGAGAAUAGGAAUUAGUAACAUUACCAAUUAUUUUUUAGCAUAUGUUCCAUGUUUCAGCAGUGAAUAAAUUGACUUCUUUAAGAUA